AUGAGGCCAGGAUGGACGGCAAAUGGCUUUGCAGAUCCUUCCAGACCUGCUUUUCAACCAUCUCCAAUUCCUUUGACUCCUAAUAAUACAAGAUCCAAUAGACAAAACAGGGGUAGGAUGAAUGGGCAUGUGCUACCACAGGGAGGCGGUCCCACAUAUCCAUCAAAUUUGCAACAAGUAUUAUCAAAAGAUUCAAGCAAGCACCAGCAUGUUGGGCAUGUCAAAUAUGUGCCAAAUGGGCGUUCAAGCAAGAUGAGCAAAGGAUCUCCUGUUCCCAUCGCUGAUGGAUCUGGUGCUGAGGGAUCAGAGAUGUUAAGUAGCCAGCUUGCUGCAGCUCCACCAGAGCAGCAGAAACAGAUGCUUGGGGACCGUCUGUAUCCGCUUGUCAGUCAACAUAAGCCUGAUCUUGCUGCAAAGAUAACAGGGAUGCUUUUGGACAUGGACAAUUCAGAACUACUGCUAUUAUUAGAGUCACCGGAGUCACUAGCUGCCAAAGUGGAAGAAGCUGUUCAGGUUCUCGAGCUCUCAAAGGCCAAACCCAAGAUGCAAUUCAUUCAAAUUACCUUUCUGCCCAAGUUGCAGUCAACUGAGAGGAAAGUGAUCAAAUUUCAAACACAAGUUUCUUUGACAUUCAUUGCCUGA